AUGAAGUUGAAUAUAUCUUAUCCUGCUACUGGGUGUCAAAAACUCAUUGAGAUCACUGAUGAGCAUAAACUCAGAGUUUUCUACGACAAGCGUAUGGGAGCUGAAGUUGAAGCAGAUUCUCUGGGAGAUGAAUGGAAAGGUUACAUUGUAAGGAUUUCGGGGGGAAAUGACAAGCAAGGUUUUCCAAUGAAACAAGGGGUCUUAACAAACGGAAGAGUACGUUUGCUUCUUUCAAAGGGCCACUCGUGUUACAGACCUCGUCGAGAUGGAGAAAGAAAAAGAAAAUCUGUGAGAGGAUGCAUUGUUGACAGUAAUUUAAGUGUACUGGCUCUUGUAAUUAAAAAAAAAGGAGAACAAGAAAUACCAGGAUUAACUGAUUCUACUGUUCCCAGACGUCUAGGUCCCAAAAGAGCUUCUAAGAUUCGUAAACUUUUCAACUUGAGUAAAGAAGACGAUGUUAAACAAUUUGUUAUUAAGAGACCCUUACCCCUGAAGGAGGGAAAAACUAAACAGCGCUUUAAAGCUCCUAAAAUUCAAAGGCUUAUCACCCCCACUGUUCUUCAGCGUAAAAGACAUCGUUUUGCUUUGAUCCGCCGUCGUAUUGCAAGAAGAAAAGAACAAGCUGCCGAUUAUGCUAAAUUAUUGGCGCAAAGACAAAAGGAAGCCAAAAUGAAGCAUAAAGAAGAAGUUAAAAGACGUCGAUCAGCUUCUCUUCGUGAUUCAAGAUCUAGUAGCCAAAGCGGCGCAAAAUGAUUUAUGAUUAAGCAAUAAAGUAAAAU